UGUGUAAAGCAGCAGUUCUGAUGAAGAAGUUAUUGUAGCGGCCGCAUUUUUGGCAGAAGAAGAAGAAAAUAAAAAGAAGAUAAAGAGAAAGAUGUGGGUCCAUCCCAUUAAUCAAAAGAGGGCUGAACUCGGAGAAUUCCAUCAUUUAUUUAACGAUUUAAAAGAAGAUGAAAAGAAAUUUUUUCAAUAUUUUAGAAUGUCGCAUAAUAAAUUCCUAGAACUGCUUGAUAUUUUAGAGCCUGAUUUAUCAUUUCAAAAUUCCUCAUUUCGAAGAGCAAUAUCGAAAGAAGAAAGGCUUGCCGUAGCAUUAAGGUUUUUUGCUACGGGAGACACAUUCCGAACAAUUGCGUUUAGCUACCGACUUGGAGAAACAACAGUUCGUAAAAUUGUUUAUGGAUGUUGCGAUGCAAUAUGGAAAAAUUUGGGACCACUGGUAAUACCUUCUCCUUCAAAGGAAACUUGGAUAAAUAGUGAAAGGGUGUUCAAUAAGAUGUGGAAUUUUCCAAACUGCGUUGCUGCCAUCGAUGGGAAGCACGUAGUUACCGACAAACCCCCCAAUAGUGGCUCCUUAUUUUUUAACUACAAGAAAACAUUUAGUAUUGUUUUACUUGCAUUUGUAGAUGCUCAUUGUAAAUUCAUUGCUAUUGAUGUCGGCGCCUAUGGACGAAAUAGCGAUGGGGGAAUAUUUGCAAAUUCAGCAAUCGGAAAGAAAUUGUUGAAAAAUACUUUAGAUUUACCUCAGGACAAGUCUUUACCUGGCACUAAUGAAAUUAUGCCCCACGUCUUCGUUGGAGAUGAGGCUUUUCCUUUGCAAAAACAUGUAAUGCGUCCAUAUCCAGGUAACGAAAUACUUAAUAACGAGGACGUUAAAAUAUAUAAUUAUAGACUUAGUAGAGCUAGGCGAGUUUCCGAAAAUGCUUUUGGAAUUUUGACAAAGAGAUUUCGUAUUUACCAGAGGCGUCUUCAAAUUAUCCCUGAGCACCUAGAUAAAGUUGUACUUGCUACAUGUUGUUUACAUAAUUUUCUUCGAAAUGAUACAUGUCAUUGGACUGAAGCUGACGAAGAUAACCAAUCCCCCCAAGGAUUAAGAGAUAUAUCGGGAAUAGGCGGAUCUUCAACUACAGUUGCAAUAGAGAUUAGAAAUAAAUUUAAAAAUUAUUUUAAUGGGACCGGGUCGGUGUCAUGGCAAACAGCAAUAGUAAGAAAAGGCAAAAGAAAAAACCUUGAAAUGUGAUUUUGGCUGAAUAUAUAUAAAAAAUAUAUGAUAUAUUUAUAAAUAAUAAAAUAAAUACAUACCGGG